UGUCCUCCACGGAGCUACAUGUGCGGUUAAGGUAUUUUUGUGUUGAAAGUAGAAACCGAGUGGUUUAAUCCUGGAAUGUGCAGUUAGUUUGUACAUUUAAACACUCCUUGCUUAUAUUGUUUUAAAAAUAGAAAAGGAAGCAGUAAAACGUAACGUAUCAAGCUAACAUUAUAGUUUAGUAAACAUGAAGGGGGGAUUGAAGCAGAACAGAAAAAAGAAGAAAAGAAACGCAACCUUGCAGAGGUACAUAGUGACAGUGGACAAAUUUGUUAGAAGCAAAACUGCCGAAAAUGCAGAUAAUGAUGACCGGUUGAACUAUGUGCAAAAGAAAAGCAGAAAGGAGCUGCGCAAAGAGAAGAGAAAACUGAAGAAAGCCAACAUGAAAAUGUAUUAUGAAUGUAAAAAGACCAACGUCUUGCCGCUCGAUGACAGCAAAGACUCUAAGACAACAACUGAUGAACAGCAGACGAAGAAGACCAUAGAGAAAGCAAAGAAAUUGGCAAAAACACAGUCAAAGAAGUCAAGUACAAGUGCAGCUGCCGCGGAAACAUCCAGCGACUCUAAAACAUCUUCCAAAAAAGGCAAGAAAAUUAAUAAGCUUCAGGAAUCAAGAAAAAUGGCCCUUAUGGAAGCAAAUGAAGAAGAGGACAGAGAAAUAAAGAAGCUAGAGCGGCGCCUGGGAUUAAACAGGAGGAAAAACAAGACAAGUAUCCCACAGUCUUUUGUGGCUGAUGGGCUUGAUUACAUUCUUGGAGCACUUAACUCUGGCUCAAUUGGUGCAGGGGUGUGGUAUGAUGAGGAUGAUGAUGAUGAUGAAGAUAAUGUUAACGACAUGGAUACAGCUGGAGAGAGCUUCAAAAAGCCUGAUGAGGGUGAGGUACCAGAAGAUGAUGCAAGUGAACACAGCGAGGAAGACAUGGGCUCAUUUGAUGAGGAUGAUGAAGUGGUUAAUGAGGAGGAUGAGGAAAUGGAGCAGGAGGUGAAUAAUAGUGAUGCUUCAGAGGUGAAUGAUAGUGAUGCUUCAGAGGUGAAUGAUAGUGAGGCCUCAGAGUCACACAAUGAAAAUGGGGAAGAAGCAGAAGCUGACAUUGAACAUGAGACAUCAAACAGCAAGUCAGAAUGUGUCCCUUCUACAACUGGUAAAUAUGUGCCACCUCACUUGCGUGGAUCUGGGGAUGAUAAACGUAAAGCUGAGCUUCAAAAACUGAAGAGGAUUGUGAAAGGCCUGGUGAAUAGACUGAGUGAGCCCAACAUGGCCUCGAUAAGCAGUCAGCUAGCAGGGCUGUAUGUGAGCUGGAGCAGGAAGGACAUGAAUGAUACCCUGACAGAGGUACUGCUAGCAGCCUGUGUCACCCCAACCCUGAUGCCUGAUCGACUGCUGAUGGAGCACAUCUUGCUUGUCAGCAUCCUCCAUUAUUCCAUCGGAUUGGAGGUCGGAGCCCAUUUUCUUGAAACAGUUGUACGUAAUUUUGACAAGUUGUAUAAGAACCAAAAUGAAGGCAAAGAGUGCGACAACCUGCUCGCUAUAAUUGCUCACCUGUAUAACUUCCAGGUUGUGCAUUCUGUCCUCAUCUUUGACAUCCUAAAACUUUUAGUGAAGGCAUUUACAGAGAGGGACAUUGAAUUAGUUUUGUUUGUGCUGAGAAAUGUGGGUUUUGCUCUGAGGAAAGACGAUGCUCUAGCUCUGAAGGAGCUCAUCUCUGAAGCCCAGCGCAAAGCCAGUGACUUGGGAUCAAAGUUUCAGGAUCAAACCAGGGUGCGUUUUAUGUUGGAGACUAUGCUGGCUUUAAAAAAUAAUGAUAUGCGGAAGAUCCCAGGAUACAAUCCAGAGCCAGUGGAGAAACUAAGGAAGUUGCAGAGGACUCUGGUCCACAACAGCGCAGGAAGCAGCGAUGUGAAACUGAGGGUCUCUCUGGACAAUCUCUUGGCUGCAGAACAAGUCGGCCGCUGGUGGAUCGUCGGCUCCUCGUGGAGCGGCGCACCCAUGAUCAGCGAGCAAGGACCUGCAACUACAAAACAGAGUACUGCAGGACAGUUCAGUGACAAGGUUUUAGAGCUUGCCAGAAAACAGAGGAUGAACACUGAAGUGCGAAGGAACAUCUUCUGUGUGAUUAUGACCAGUGAAGAUUACCUGGAUGCAUUUGAGAAACUGUUAAGGAUGGGCCUGAAGGACAAGCAGGAGAGAGAGAUCGUUCAUGUCGUGAUGGACUGCUGUCUGCAGGAGAAAACCUUUAAUGCCUUUUAUGCUGUACUGGGCGAGAAGUUCUGCUCCCAUGACCGACGAUUUCAGAUGACAUUCCAGUUCACUCUAUGGGACAAGUUCAGGGAGCUGUCCAAUCUAACCAGUACCACCUUCAACAACCUAGUCCUGCUAGUUACACACUUCCUUCAGAGGAAGUGCCUUCCACUCUCCAUCCUCAAAGCAAUCGAGUUUGGGGAACUCGAUAAGCCCACAGUGCGCUUCUUGCGUCAGCUGCUGACUAAAAUUCUUAUGGAGACUGAGCUUGAGGACCUCUCCAACAUCUUUGGAAGGAUUUCAGGAAUUCCCAAGCUAGGAAUGCUGCGGGAGGGCUUGAAGCUUUUCAUCAGCCACUUUCUGCUGAAGAAUGCUCCGUCGCAGAGACCAGCUGAGCAAGCAGCGAUGCUUUCAGAGCGCGCUCAGGUCGCAACCAAAGCCAUGGAGGCCAAAGAGGCCAAGCUCAAACUGUAAAAGUCACACAGCCAGCGUACUUUCAAACAAAACCAUGGAACAGUGGACGACUUGUUAGGGUUGAGUGUGACUCUAUAUAAACCAAACCUAGUUUUGUUGAUUUGUUCAUAAAGAUUCUACUGAACAUACCGAUAAUAUAGUACUGUGUACUAUAAAAAUGAGACAAACUGGUUUGAUUUGCAAAAUAACAAUAAUAAAUGUUUCAGUUCAAACACA